GGAAGCCCCUCGGCCGGUGCUCCGGAAGCAGUAGCCAUUACUUCCGUGAGGGACUUGUGUGCCUGGGGUGUGUGCUACGGGGUGCAUUUUGUGUUUGAAAUAGGGGGUACGCCAUGUCCCGUGGGUCCAGCGCCGGUUUUGACCGCCACAUUACUAUUUUCUCUCCCGAGGGCCGACUCUACCAAGUAGGACAUCAGUUAGGCCUUGUGGAGAAGAAGAAAGUGAAAGAUGGUAAAUCUUGGGUUUUGUUUAUCCAUGAAGCUGACAGCAGAUCCCAGGUACAGAGGGCACGCUAUGAGGCAGCUAACUGGAAAUACAAGUACGGCUAUGAGAUUCCUGUGGACAUGCUGUGUAAAAGAAUCGCUGAUAUUUCUCAGGUCUACACACAGAAUGCGGAGAUGAGGCCGCUCGGUUGUUGUAUGAUUUUAAUUGGUAUCGAUGAAGAACAAGGUCCUCAAGUGUACAAGUGUGACCCUGCAGGCUACUACUGUGGCUUUAAAGCUACCGCAGCAGGCGUCAAACAGACAGAGUCAACCAGCUUCCUCGAAAAAAAAGUGAAGAAGAAAUUUGAUUGGACAUUUGAACAAACAGUGGAAACUGCAAUCACAUGCCUGUCUACUGUUCUGUCGAUUGACUUCAAGCCUUCAGAAAUAGAAGUUGGAGUAGUUACAGUCGAAAAUCCUAAAUUCAGGAUUCUCUCAGAAGCAGAGAUCGACGCUCACCUUGUUGCUCUAGCAGAGAGAGACUGAACGUUGUCAUCACUUUACCAAAUCCAUGAUGCCACUUGCCUGUGUGUUUGGUGACAGCAAACCAACAUCACAGAGGCCCCUGGGUUGAAGAUGGAACCUCUCCCACUCCUCCUGCCACUGAGCUGGUUAGGACUGUAUAAAUAAAACUGCUUUUGGAAUA